AUGCCAAUCGACGUCACGCGCAGUGCCGCUGUUCGGGUCAAAGGCGUGUUGCAGUUUGCCGCCCUGGUGGCGGUUUUCCUAUGCAACGAGGAUUCCGAAAUGGAGAACCAGCUGCCUGCCGUCGCUCCUCGACAUGUUGAUAGCAAGUUGAUCUACCCCGGUCUUACAUGUGCAAAGCAGAUUGUCACGCCAUUUCUCUAG